GCUUUUAUUUUGUCGUACAGACCGGAAGUGGUUAGCCAUUGCGGCUAGUAGCGGAAGUUCCGUCUCUGCUGCUGUUGUCCUUUUCUUAACGUUAAAGCGAGGCUUGGUACGAUUUCUCGCUGAUUAGGGAGGGCAGUGAUACCAUGUGGAAGUCACAUGAACGACGGCGAUGAGCCAUAAAACAAGAGGGCAGCUUGACAAGCCCACAGCUGCACGGCCUGCUGUUUCCUCUGCUUUACUAACCCUCUGAACAUUAACAAUUAUAUAAAUAAGAAUGAAUAACAGCACACAGCCUCCAGCCAUCAUAGAUGGUGGUGCUACAGUCACAUAUGUGCUGGUACCGUUCCUCCUCAUCACCCUCACUGGAAUAGCUGCAGCUGUGAUUCUGUAUAUUCGCAGGAAAAGAAGAAUCGACAGACUUCGACAUCAGCUGUUACCGGUUUACACGUAUGAUCCUGCAGAAGAGCUCAAUGAAGCAGAGCAGGAUAUUUUAUGGAGAGAGGAAGACACGAGGGUCAUCCAGGGAUGGGCUAAAAGUUAUCAGCAGAGGCGCCCUCUGCUGACCAAAGACGUUACUGCAUGACCACAGUGAUGUUGCAGGAUGUGGUGGAGAGAUGGUGCUCCUGUUUGCUGGUUUUCUCUCAUUUUAAUGCAACAAUGAGCCUUUUGUUGUUGUUUUUGUAUACAGACUGUUAAUUUUUCAUUUUCAUAAUUACAUUUUAUCUAUUUAUUUGCAAUUAUUUAUACACACAGCCAAACCAUGGAACUCAGAAGGAUGCAGUCUACUGUAGGUUCAGCCCAUCGUUUGCUUUCGUGAUGUGGUAACAGGCGGCAUGCAGCUUUGUUUUUGUGGUUUGCAGUAGGCAUCGGUACAGAUUGGAACGUCAUGUCCUGCGUUUAUUGUGGCGAGACUUUGUAUGUCGUGCACUAGUUAAGCCCUGUUUGGGUCACGCAAUGUUUUUGUAAGAAAAACAAAAAAAUAAGUCAUUCAUUUCACUUUCGUUUCUUAUCGACGAUGCUUGCAAAGCAAGCUGGAACUUGGAAUACAGUGUCUGUUUUAGUACUGAAUCCUAUGAGUCUUGACAGUGGUAUGACCCGCCAGACUUUUAAGUACAUCGUUUCCUCUCAUCUCCUAAAACACUUGUGAGUAGUGCCCGAAAAAAUGUCCCGCCCACGAGCCUGGGCACCAGCAGAUUGUACCUCUGGCUGACGGAUCUGUUGAGGUGAAUGCCAUAGUUCUGACUACCACUCAGGAAAAUUCCCCCCGUCUCUUGUGAGCUUUAUUCGCCUUGUUUUUGUUGAAUGUAACCGUUAAGCUGUUAAGUGGAACAGCUUGUAAUUGCACAGACGUGGGUUUAUUUGGGCAUGACACGCAGAGGUGCUUUUAUUUAUUUUUUUUCCUCCAUCCUCAUCAAGUCUGAACAAGAAACAUCCACGCAAUAGGUCAAGAGGCUUUACUGUUUUAAGAUUUAAAUGCGAAUAAAAUGAUUAAACAUUUGUUUCCUACAUAAAGACAAAAGUGACAAAGAAAAUUCUCUUUAUUGACCUUUUCUGAUACAAAUUGUAGGGCACCAUAGAAAUAUAGACAUUGUACAUUUAUAUAUGUGUACAUUAAAAAGAAUGAUCCCAUCCUAUUGAGUUUACAGUAAAAAUCAAAGGAUGUG